AUAGCCAAAAGGGGCACGAGCACAAGAAUUUUGGACCAGCCGGUGUCAGUGUGCGUUGUGAUGUGAUGUGAGACAGAAGAGCGAUGCUCUAAGAUCAACAGCAAACAAAAUAUAAAGAAAAGUAACUAGAUGUAAUCAAACAACUACAAAAAUAUAUAGAAAGCAGAGUGACGCGAGACCGUAAAAUAAACGCGCACGAAAAAAGUAAUAAAAAUAUAGUAGAAGGUGUAAUACAGAGUGAGGUGCAAAGUGAAUAAACUGCACAGAGCCACAAAAGCCGUGAGCCGCAGCAUGUGAAGUCGUCGGGCGCAGCGAAGCAGCGAACAUACAAAAGAAACGAUAUUUAUGCUCUGAAUAUUGGGAGAGCUUACAAAAUUUACGUGGCAGAUGAAAUACAACGAAAUUCAAUUGGUUUUGAUUUUGCAAUAAAAGGCAAACACACACAGCUAUACAUAUAGUUGAUUCCGAUACGGCGUGGCUUCAAGGCUAAAUUGAUUGAGGAUAGGAUAUCUAGAGAGCUCGAGCACAUCAUAAAUCCAUAUAGAAAAUGUUGAAGCUGCACAAAUCCAGGUGUGAGCACCUGUUAAUAACAAUCAGCGUGCUAAUCUGCACCGGGAACAAACUGAAUGUCAUCAGUGCAAUGACACAGAUGGACUGGCGGCCAAUACCGCAGCUGUGCGAUCCCGUACAUUGUCCGGCUGAUGCGGACAUGGAGUGCCCGAAGGACAGCGCUGUGCGGGAGAUGCGCGAGAUAAGCGCCGUGAAUCUGUUGAGCUCGAAUGCGGUCGCCGGCAGCCUCAGCGGGGCAAUCGAAACAACGGAGCGCAGUGUCUACAACAUCAGCCAGGUGCCGGACAAGCUGUUCGCCCUCUGCUGCCUGUCCAAGAAGUGUAUGUGCAAGACGUGCUACAACAUACCUGGCUGCAACAGCGAGAAGGGCGAGGUUGUGGUCGAGCUGCAGCCGGAGGACAUGAAUACGCCUGGCCAGUGCUGCGGCAAGUACGAAUGCAAGCCGGAGCCCAACUGUUCGGACGUGCGAAACACCAACUAUUACUGGCUGCAGAGCUGCCAACGCUGUCUCUGCAAUUCGGGGGCACGCAUUUGCCAGCAGAGCUGCGACGAGGGCAAGAAUGCCAUCUGCGAAUCAAAGAACCUGAACAUGUACUUCAAGGACGGCGACAGCUGGAAGGAUGGCUGCUACCAGUGCGAGUGCGUCAAGGGCGAACAGAAGUGCGUGAUACCACUCUGUGCCAAUGUCAAUUGUCCCAGCGAACGUCAGGUGAUGAUCAAGGACUACUGCUGUCCCGUCUGCUGGCCCAAAGGUGCGCCCAUGCCACACGAGAAGCCAAACAACGAUGACGACGGCUAUGGCUACGAGCACGAGGAGCAGACCCAGCCAGACGCAGAUGCUGAUGCUGAUGCUGAUGCUGAAACUGACACUGAAACAGAAACUGAGCUGCCUGUGGUGCCGCUGGCAGAUGAAAUCGUCAUCAGCAGCACAACCACCACCACCAGCACCACCAAUCGCCCCAGCACUACACAAAAUGCCGAACUGAUCGACUUUCCCAGCUCCAACACCUCAGCUGCGCCCUGCGAACUGCACGACUUUCCCAGCGUAGUGCAGGUCGUACACCAGAAAACCUUCCCCCAAAAUAUCUAUCACAUUGUAAUUGUUGUGCUCUGCGUCAUCAUUCUGUCCAUGUUCAUCUACAUAAGGCGUCUGCUGGCCAAACAGCGUUCCUACAGGCCCGUCUCCAACUUUGAUGACAGAGUCUAGAAGAAGUUGAUGGAGAAUGAAUAUAAGAGAAACAGAAAGAAAGAGGGAGAAAUGAGAAAAAAUAU